UCGGUGUCCACGGAGGGCACACUAGCAUGGGCAGUGGAAGCUAUUUUUAAGCCAGGCUCUCAGUACAAUGUUGAGCUGCAACCCGAGCCAUCGUGUGUAGUCACAUCGUGUGUGGGGUGUCAGUGGACUGCCUCUGUCUGUCUCUCACACACACUGAACCGGGAUGUCGGCAGAAGAGCCUGGACUGUUGGUGGCCUCCUACUGCACAGAGACCCCUACCCUCAGUGCCUGGGUGCAGGACAAAGGCGAGGAAGAGGAGGAGAAAGAUGAGGAGCACUUCGAAGAGUCAAACAGAAGGGAGGAGCCUCAGAGAAGCUCCAGUGAUGAAUCCGAAGAGUCUGAACCCGAGCCUCCACCACCUUCAGCGAUACGCAGGAAGGUUUCCUUUGCAGAUGCCUUUGGCCUGGAGCUGGUGUCAGUCAAAGAGUUUGAUAGCAGAGCUGAGACGGGGCCUGAUGGCUUGGGAAGGAUGCAGGCCAGAGAAGAGAACUACUACCUAUCCAGCCUCUUCGUUGUCCCAUCCUCGAAUGAGGAGCUUUCACUAUUGCUGCAGCAGAACAAGCUGGAGCUGGAGAGCAUCGAGCUCCUGCCUGGCUCCACUACCAUCCGAGGCAUCAUCCGGGUGCUCAAUCUUUCCUACCACAAGGCUGUCUAUGUCCGCACCACACUGGACAGAUGGCAAACCCACUUCGACCUGUUGGCCGAAUACAUACCCGGCUCCAGUGAUGGACAGACAGACCGCUUCUCCUUCAGGUUCACCCUGGUACCCCCAUUCAAGGCAGAGGGUGCUCGGGUGGAGUUCUGCCUCCGCUACGAAUCCUCUGCUGGAACCUUCUGGGCCAACAACGGAGGCACAAACUAUGUGCUGUUCUGCCACCAGAAAGAAGCAAAGGAGCUGAAAGAGAAGGAAGGAGAGAAAGAAAGGGAUACAGAGGAAAACAAUUACAAGGAGAAGAAGAGCUGCUUGAAAGGUAGAAGAAAGUGGAGCAAUGCUGAGCUGAAGUCCACUGGCUCGAGCAGUGAUCUCUCAGAACCAGAGUCAUCUAAGUCUGAGGAGAGUGAGGAAGAGAAAACUCAGAAUGAAGCGGAGAUGGAGGCGUGCCGCAAAACUUUGGUGGAAAGACGGAACAGACGGCGGGCAGCUCGGUUGGCACGAGUGCAAGACUACUUCUCUCAGAGGCAGACAGAAGUUCAGAAAGCGGAGAGAGAUUUAAAGAUGGCGAUACCUGCAUCACAUCUUAGUACUCCAGUGGGGCUAGACACCUCUGGGGUAUCCUUAGUGCACAAUAGAAAGGAUCAGGAUACACCACCAAUCCUAACAUACCACCAGAUCCCCUUACUUUCUUUGGACUGGGGCAAACACACAACACCUCCCACACAUCCAAACACUCCUAUGAUACACAGUGGAGCCAGCCCAGAUAUCCCUGAGAAGCAACUAGCAGAAGAAGAGUCAACAGGGUCAUCCACUGAUGCCUGGGAAGCUUUUCUCAAGGGGACAGAUAGUUCAGGCACCCAUGCUAAUGCUCUGGAUCAAGAGUGUUUGCUUUGUGUGGCUUCACUCCCGUCACACAAUGAAUGUAACAUGUCCACCCCAGGGGAGAAGGUGUUGUCAGAGAAUCUACAGAGUCCACUCACCAUUGGUAAUAGAUCACUCAGAUAUUUUAGCCCAGAGGAAACUCUAGAGUCUGAUCCUGCUGAGAAGUGGCAAGACUUCAAGCCAUGUCAUGCCAAAGAGGAGGCAUUGGAUAACAAGUAUAUCGAAAGGCCAGGCAUCACUCCUGAAACACACAUUGUCCAAGAAUCAGAAUUGGUGUGGGUGCAACCGGGGACAGAAACACAGGACAGACUCACAUACAGGGAAAAGUCUUUCAGUGAAGAUGCGUCCUUCCAAGAAUCCAACCCACUGGAGAUGGUUCAAACUAUGGAUGCCACAGAAUCUCAGGAUUCCAAAGGAGAACACAGAGUCUCACCAGAAGAAUGUGUAGGCAACCCAAACUACUCAGGCCCAGAAGCGGAUGUAAAAGGAGACUCAGACAAAAUGGUCGACGACACCCUGACAUUUAGAGAGAUCAAGGAUAAGCCAUUCACAGACAGACAAACAGGAAGAGGGGGGCCCUUAGAAAGACUGUGUACAGAUGAGGACAGAGAGCUAAAGCGGGUGAAAGAGCACAUCAGGAAAGAAAACGAGAUUGCAGUAGAAAUUAGAGUGAAGGUAUCUUGCAAUGAGUAUCCUGGAGAUUUGACGGAGGGACUAGAAAGCAGAAGGCAAGGAGAGAAUGAGGAACCAUCCCAGUUGAGGGAUCAGAGCAUGGAAAUGAUUUCAGCAAGCAGAAGUUUGGUGUUUGAUGAAGAAGAAUUCAACACAGGGACUGAAUGGUCUGACAGAAAAGCUUCAAAGUCACAAGAGGAAGAGGAGAUAGCGGGUCAUAAGCCAGAGAAAGAGGGACUUGCUGAAAAAAGUGAGACAAUGUCAUCUGUAGCAGUCGACAAGGAUAUAGCUGAUAGAGAAUAUGAAAUCAGUUCAAUAGCAAAGAUGGGAGGUCAGGAAGAACCAUAUGAAGUAGACAAGGUAAUACAUGGAAGGAAAGGUGGAGGUGAUGCCUGCAAAGACUUUAUCACAUGCAAGGAACCACAUAAGACUCAUGGUACUACUGACACCUGUACAAGCGCACCCACUCUCCCUGUAACCAGCCACUCCAGUGACUCGUCUGGACUGUUUGGCUGGACAGAAUCUGUGAGUGAGGCUGGACCCUUACUAUUUUCUGGCCCUUUUGGGGAGACUCUGAGGCACAGGCCAGCUCAGGACCUCCAGUAUCUCCAGGAUCCAGAGGCAGAGUACCCUGCCCCAUUGUCCAAAACAGCCACUCCGUCAGUGAGCACGAUGUCCAGCAGCCUCCUUGCAUGGUGGGCCGAAUUCUGCUCCCCAAGGCACAUAUCCAAGGCUCUACUGUAUACCAUCUUGUUUUUGAUCUUUAUAACCGCUUAUUUGCAUGACCUGCCGGUCUGCUUGGGCAUCUACCUGUUGUCCGUGUGCUGGUGGUGUGGGCAGAGCAUGAAAAAGCGAGUAACCACAGCUGACAGUGUGGACUGAUGUCAACAUCAGAAAGUAUUAUUCUUUUAAGGCCAUGGCACACUAACCAAACAUUCCCCAAUGGACACCAAUCUUCUAAUGUUGGAAUAUGGCUUUAUAUUGACAAGUAACUGACAAGUCAAAUGAACCAGUGUGCUAUACCUGUGUUCACACACAGGUAUGGCACACCAACCAAAAGAUUGGGUUUGUUGGUGUUUGUUGGGUCAGUGUACUCUGGCCUUUAGUCAAGUGAAGAAUUUUAAGGGCCCAACAUAAGUUGACUAAAUUAUUUAUAGAGUGGCAUUUAUUUUUAUUCUAAGUACUGUUGUUUUCAUUAAUAAAAUAAUUUAGAGGUUUCUGAGGUUUGAAAAUGACAUCACAGCUAAAAUAUCUUGGACCUGAGACCAAGUUCAUAUGCUUGUAGAAAGACAAAGACAGAGACAAAUGCUUGUUUAAAAGACAAAAGAACAUGUUAUAAGUAUGAACCACUAAUGUAAGUGCUAUGCAAGGUGAUAUGAGUCAAAUGCAAACAACUGAAAUACAGCAGUUGUAGUGCAGAACUAUGUAAUAAGCAAGCUGGAUAUUUCAGUUGUACUUACUAUUGCUCCCAUAAAAGAAUUCUAUAAUGCAUGAGGCAUAUAAAGCUUUGAAAAAUGGCUCAUCCCUGUUGAAUUCUGAUAAAUUCUGUGAAAUUUAAACUAUUGCUUGAACUAAAAUGUGCUGACUCUGAA